UCACUGGGGGUUCAGUUUUGGCAGGACCCAGGGCUUCCCCUUCCACUGGUGCUCUUACUAGGCUAUUCAUUGCUACCUAUGAGGUUGGAGUCCAGGGUCAGUCCAUGUAUAGUCUUUAGGUAGUGGCUUAGUCCCUGGAAGCUCUGGUUGGUUGGCAUUGUUGUUCAUAUGGGGUCUCCAGCCCCUUCAAGCUCUUCCAGUUCUUUCUCUGAUACCUUCAACAGGGGUCCCGUUCUCAGUUCAGUGGUUUAAUGAUGGCAUUCGCCUCUGUAUUUGCUGUAUUCUGGCUGUGUCUCUCAGGAGAGAUCUACAUCCGGCUCCUGUCGGCCUGCACUUCUUUGCUUCAUCCAUCUUAUCUAAUUGGGUGGCUGUAUAUGCAUGGGCCACAUGUGGGGCAGGCUCUGAAUGGGUGUUCCUUCAGUCUCUGUUUUAAUCUUUGCCUCUCUCUUCCCUGCCAAGGGUAUUCUUGUUCCCCUUUUAAAGAAGGAGUGAAGCAUUCACAUUUUGAUCAUCUGUCUUGAGUUUCAUUUGUUCUAGGCAUCUAGGGUAAUUCAAGCAUUUGGGCUAAUAUCCACUUAUCAAUGAGUGCAUACCAUGUGUGUCUUUCUGUGAUUGGGUUACCUCACUCAGGACGAUAUUUUCCAGUUCCAUCCAUUUGCCUACGGAUUUCAUAAAGUCGUUGUUUUUGAUAGCUGAGUAAUAUCCCAUUGAGCAUCACAACUUCUAAAGCACUUAACUUACCUUUUAGCUUUUUAUCUAUCCAUUUUGAGUGACCAAAGCUACAGAGUUUUAUAAGCAAACUGACUAACAAAAUGGGCAAUGUGUACUUGUUGAGUAACUUCCAUUGUAGAAGCAGAUGUUGUAGCAGUGAGGACCGUAAUAAAUGCUAGUUAAAAUCUGACCUAUAAAAUCCCCACCUUCUAAUAAGAGCUUGAUGAAGUUCAAGGGGGAACCUAUUGACCCAUGUCGCCGUAGCACAUACCAUCCAGAAACAUAGGAACAAGGCCAGGAAAGCUCUUGUGAUCAGAUGACGGCUUGACGACUUGCUUGAAAUGGGUAAUUUUGAAGUGUGCCCCGCUCUCUUGAAUAGAUGUUCUUCCAGUCAGUAACAUAUAUGGAGGGUUAACACAGAGUCCAAACAUAAAAGGAUGUCUUUAUCAUAGCUGUACUCUUUUCUAAAUUCCACAGAGGACUACACUGUGCAGGGCUAUGACCGACCGCUAACGGUCGGAGCCUUGCCUUCUGGAGACAUUACAACAAGCCAAUGCACAGAUCCUAGAAAGUGAUCUCCAUCCACACAAGGUGGUUGCCCAGAACGAGUUGGCCAAUACCUCUGGUCAUCCACUCAUAGACAGAGUUCUUUAGAAUCAUGGAGCACACCACACUAGGGAAAGUUCCAUUCUGAAACCAGGGCACUGGAUUCUCAUUGCAUACUGGGAAACGUCCAUCCAACAGGGUAAGCUGUAGGUAACUAGAGACUAUAAAGACGUGAUUAAUGAAUAAUGAUGUUUGAAAACCAGUACAGCUGACUCCUCCUAGAUUCAAAACCAUGGGCAUUACUGGCCUUUUGGAUGAGGAGAAUACAUUCACAUUGACCCACCAAUGACAAGCAAAUAAGAAUGGUUGAUGAAGACAGAGUAGUUAAAGAGAGCGGUAUAGUACACCACAUGUGGAAGGUCAGGGGAUUACUUAUACCAGUCUGAUAUUGCUAACUAGUAUGCCAUGUUUAAGUAGACAGAUAUGUUAAAAUAAGGUUAUUAAAUAAAGCCUGAUGGUUUUGUAAUUGUUCAUCUUAGACCUUAGAAAAUUUAAUAUCCUUCAUAUACCCAUUCUACUGACACUUUUUGACUAAAUAAUCCUAUCUCGUACCCUACCACUCCCCUACAUCUGGCCUAAAUAUCCCACCCGUAACCCUACACACACUGCUGUGUCAGGUUCCACCAGUGACAUCCAGUAUUAUAUAUGGAGUGAUGGGGGAGCAGCAAGGAUUUACACGUAAGCUUAAUUUUUUCUCCGCCCUAAUUUUAAUAUGAAUUCUGAAAUGCUUUAACCUCCCUUCUAGCCCACCACUCACCAAUGGUAGUAGAAAAGAAAGGUUAUUAGAAUAUAGGAGAAAUGGACCUGUUUAGAAAUUGUUCUUUGGAGCAAAUCCCAUCUUCACUGUCGGGAAAUCAACAGCUCGCUUCGCAGUAGUCAGCAGCAGCAGCUUGAUCUACUCGCAAGCACUCGUGAGUAUCCCAGCAGUCCAGUCCAGUAGUGUGGGAGAGCAAAGACAAAUCAGUAGCGGUGGCCUGACCUAGCAGAAACAACCAGGUCUCAGCUGAAUCAUCACAAGUAGCAGAGCAACCAAGACUACCAGGGAUGCCAGCAGUUCUCUGCUGUGCCUCUCUCAAUGAAUGGGAAUCAGCGAAGACUCGAGACCGAAAAGCAUUGCAAAGACACUGUUACUGUCUGUUCGGUCCUAUUUAUGUCCCCUCCCGACAUCAGAUGUCCUCCACGGGUCUUGCCUCAGCACGGGUCUUGCCUCAGCACAUUGAAUCUGUCUUAGCAAAACUUCCUGUAAGUCUGUAUCAGCUGACAUCACUCUGUCAAUUGGCCCAAGUCUGAGGACGUAGCAAGAAGCCGCCAGGACACCACAAGAAGUCUUUUGGUGCAUUUCUCUCUCCGGAGUCUUGGCAAAUGGAGCUCAGCCAUACAGUGUAAGGCAAACCAAUACAUGCAUGCCGUUAGCGAAGAAUCCUUUAUCAUGGAUCCUUUCACACGCUGGCUUUAGCAAAACAUCCUUUCACCUGUGUCUGAAAAAACACGCCUUCACACGUCUUCCCCAGCAAAACACCACCCAACACAACUGACUUUCCAAAGAAACCCUAAGUUUCCGCUUCAUUUAUAGCUGUAAGUCUCUAAGUCUCUAGGUGCAGUUCAUUUGACAUGGUCCACUAAAUACUGUAUGUGCUGGCUGUAGAGGAGGAUGUUGGGAGGAUGUCUGAAGAUCUACAUGUGCUAGACAUGGUCUCUCCUAUGGUCAUCUUACAUACCCUGAUGGUUUCCCUGCUGUGCUUGGUGCUAUCUCACACACCCCAUAUCAACUUCUGUACACAAGGCCCUUCUGGAUACCAUACCACCACCCGCCAUAUCACAGGCACUGCUAGGAAGCAGGUGGGGCCGAAGAUGUAAUACUCAUGAGGCUUAUGAAACAUACAUUUCUGCCUUUCAACCUCAGCUAGAUACUGCUAUUAGAUCCCACAGUAAGUAUUAGGUAUAGGUCCCUGCAAGACAAUGCACAAAAGACUGUCAUAUAACAUGCCUCUGAUUUUUAUCAAGCCCAUGUUACUGUCCUACUAAACACACACACACACACACACACACACACACACACACACACACACACAUCGUAGGAGCACAAAAAGUACUAUGUAUCAGGUACCUGUUAGCCUCUGUUCUCUACCCCAUACUAAGUGCCACGUGUUCGGCCAUAAAAUACAUUACCCCACCCAAUGACACCUAACAUACCCUGAUCCACAUCCUCUCUCUCUCUCUCUCUCUCUCUCUCUCUCUCUCUCUCUCUCUCUUUCUCUCUCUCUCUCUCUCUCUCUCUCUCUCUCUCUCUCUCUCUCUCUGAUCCACCACCACUUCCCACACACUGCUAGAUAUCAGAUACUGCACAGACGUGCUAAAUGAGCUGGCCAGCUUUCUCCACAGCCAAAGCCCACUCGGUAUCAGGACAACCUCUGCAGCUCCACAUACACUAUCACAAGUCAGGUCUUGGUGCUCACCCAGGCCACACUUUGUGCUAGGUACCCAGCAAUGCUGUGUACAUCCAACCUCCACUGGCCCCACAACACUGGUAUUAUUCACACCCUGCUAGACAUAGACCCAAGCGAUACACUUACUGCUGUGAAUCAAUGUGUAUGCUACGAUACUGACCACUGGACCGCUUGACCCCCACAACUCCAAAUACACUUUUCACAUCAUGCCCUGCUGGCACAGCCCUGAUGCUUGCCACAAACAUCACUAAUGUUUUAUUCCUACGGUUCCUGCCCUAACCUCACACACACAGCUUAAUCUCAGGUCUCGGUAGAGUCACCCCUGCCACACCAUCCAUGUCCCUCAUACAGUGCUCUAGCAUUCGUGACUGCUCACCGGUCACAUACAUUACUUCAAACUUGACUAGGUAUCAGGCCCUGUAAGACUGCACCCAAACCCCAGCCCAUUUUCCAGCCUAGAGUUUUACAUAAUGAGCAUCCCUAUUUGCACAGAAAAACUUGUAGGUGUCAAUCUCACUGUACAGUGUACAAUUUCACUGUAGUCCUGAAAAUCUGUCCCACAUGUACCGCUACGUAUCUGAUGCCGUGCCCCUUCAUUCGUCCUAGAGAAGACCUCGCAACACCCCAUCAUCAAACCACAAUGCGCCACAUCCAUGGCUAAGCGUCAGCCCAAGGGGUACAACGGUUUUACAACUACCAUGAGACAAGUCUUGCUGCUCACCCCAGACUGACCACUACACAUCAGACUUAGUGAACAGCCCAACACUCGCCACUAGACACACACACAGGCAUGUACACACACACACACACACACACACACACACACACACACACAGAGAGAGAGAGAGAGAGAGAGAGAGAGAGAGAGAGAGAGAGAGAGAGAGCAGCUAUCAGUACUAUGGAAGCAACCAAGCCAAGACGUACCCAUUCACUUUCCUCUACUCUCUGCUGUGUAUGCAAUGAUAUUAAUUGAGGUUCCCCACUUGACUUUCCCACAGUGGUGGACUAACCUAAAAUUGUAGGCUCAAAGACCUUACUUAUCCCCCCUCGUUGCUUUUUUGUCAGGGUAUUGGGGAGGGUGUACUAUUUAUUUGACUUAAAUGGGAGCAGGAAUUCAGAAAGCGGCAGGAACCAUGGAGGAAAACUACUUGCUGGUUUCCUUCCAGCUUCUUCCUUCCUUCCCUCCUUCCUUUCCUUUUUCUCUCCCUUCCUUUCUUCUUUCUCUCUCUCCCUUCCUUUCUUCUUUCUUUUCUCUCCCUUUCUUCUUCCUUUUCUCUCCCUUUCUUCUUCCUCUCUCUCUCACUUUACCCUCCACUCACUGCCCCCAUUCACUUUACCCUCCACUCACUGCCCCCAUUCUCAGUCACCUCUCCCACAAUCCUUCCCCCAUCCCUCAUUCCCAAAUCCUCUGAGAAGGCGGAACCCCCUGGGUAUUCACCCCCCAACUUUGUCUGGGUAUUUUAUUCAGCAAAGGAACGACACUAGGACACCGAUCAAUUAAUGCCUGGCUCCUCUACACUGCUAGGAGUCUGUAUGUGCCCUUUAAGAGUAGGGGUGGUGGGGUUUUUAGCAGUUCAGCAAGCGAGCUGUAUAUGUGGACGGUACUGUGGACACACUGUGUUCCACUUUACUUUCUAAAAGCCUAAAUGUUGCUCUGCAGAGCCCGCCUGAAUCAGAAGCUUCGAAGGCCUUUCAGUUCCUGGGAGUUUGCACACCUAUGAUCCGUUCAAGUCCUACUGUGACCUCAUGAGUAUCCAUUGUGAGAGUCUAGCCAGCAGAUAUAAGGGGUGAGGCCUGCCCUGGAUCUCUGCGGGUAUAGAGAAGUGGUGUGGAGAUUUACCUGUGCGAUUUACUUGUCUAGUGAGAUUGUGUGACGUUUUGAGUUUCUGAUUGAUUUGUGUGUGUGUGUGGAGAGAGAGAGAGAGAGAGAGAGAGAGAGAGAGAGAGAGAGAGAGAGAAAGAGAGAGUGAGAGAGAAAGAGAGAGAGAGAGUGAGAGUGAGAGAGACAGAGAGAGAGACAGAGAGAGAGAGAGAGAGAGAGCUGUGUGGGUGUGAGGGUAAGACUGUGUGUAGGUGUAGUUGUGUGUGCUGGUGUGCUGUGUGUGUGUAUACCCGCUUGUGUAUCUGUGUGAAUUCAUCUACAAACUUAUAGACAGCUACUGGGAAAGGCCAGAGGGAAACCGUCAGUGCUGUACUAAAGCACCUCCUUUCCUUUGGCACUUGCAUCGCUUCGUUACCAACCAUGAACUCUGAAAGUGAGGAUGAGUCAUCAGAGCCCAGCACUAGGUCACUGGGUUUGUUCAGUGAGGAGGUGUUCACCAGGCAGUACACUAUCCUGAAGCCCUUGGGCCAGGGUGGCACUACAGAAGUGAGGCUAUCGUCUCACCGCCUCACAGGUACCCCAGUUGCUGUAAAAGCUCUCGUGAAACACGAGAGGCACUGGGCAUCAACGAUGUCGGAAGUCGAAAUCAUGAAGAUUCUCAACCACAAUAAUAUAGUUUCCCUUCUGCAAGUGAUGGAAACAGAACAGAACAUUUACAUAAUUAUGGAAGUGGCCCAGGGAGACUCGCUACUUAAUCGGGUCCAGAAGGCUGGACGCCUGAAGGAAGAUGAAGCUAGAGGUAUAUUUGUUCAGUUGCUCAGUGCCCUAGGCUACUGUCAUGGUAAAGGCAUCAUUCACAGAGAUCUAAAGCCUGACAACAUCAUAGUGGAUGAGCACGGAAAUGUCAAGAUUAUUGACUUUGGGCUAGGUGCCAAAUUCCUGCCUGGGCAAAAACUGAAAAGGCUGUGUGGAGCCUUCCAGUUCAUUCCACCGGAACUCUUCCUGGGCCUCCCUUACGAUGGCCCAAAAGUGGACAUUUGGGCCUUGGGGGUUCUUCUGUAUUUUAUGGUAACAGGGUUUGCUCCGUUUUCAGGGACCACCCUGUCUGAACUUAGUAAAAAUGUUUUGCAAGGAAGGUAUGACAUCCCUUAUAAUCUCUCUAAGGACUUAAGGAGCAUGAUUAGCCUGUUGUUGACAGUAAAUGCAAGGCAAAGACCAACUGCUCAAGACCUCUCAAGUCACCCCUGGCUUCAGGAAUGGGGAAAGACUCUUACAUUUCAUUCCAACAGAGACACCAGUUUCCCAAACCGUGACAUAAUGGUAGCCAUGGAAAAUAUUGGAUUUCAUGUGCAGGACAUUAAAGAAUCAUUAAAACACAAAAAGUUCGAUGAAACCAUGGCUACAUACCUCUUACUGAGAGUUCAGGCAUGUCAGAAUGGUGGCAAUUAUGUACAAACCAAGUUACUGAAUCCAGGGGUGGCACCUUUCCCUUCGGCAGCAGACCCCGACACUUUCCCUCUGCCUCCCAGGAGAAGGGCCAGUGAACCUUCCCUCAAGAUAGUAGUCGCAUCCUCUGAACAACAACGUCUGAGACAAAGUGGGGGGACAAAUGCCCCUGUUCAACCGAAGAAGACACCCGUUAUGGGCAGAGGUUACAAGCGCUGCGUGACCGACCCUUGUAUUUUACGGAGAAACACUGGGAUGAAUGUAGACACCAUCAGCUUUUCCGCUAGCUCCCAGACUUUAAGUGACUCAGAAAGAAGCAGGUCUUUGCAGCCCAGGGGCUGGGCAAAAUGGAAGAAGAGAAUCAGAGCAUGCGUCCGAACAUUGUGCUGCUGCCUGUCACCCCACAAAAUAUGUCCGAGAAAGGUGUGCCCCCAAAAGCGAGGGGACACCAUCAGGUAACGGGAAGUACAAGGCAUGGCUCAGCUCUUUCCUGAUUGGCCUCUCCUCACCCCAGUGCAUGCAGAAGUCCCGCCAAUCAGCAGAUAUGUCUACAUUUUCCCAGUCUCCCCCUCAUUACUUCUUGCUUCUGACCUAGUUCCCAAACUACCUGACAUCAGAGGAAGAGUGGAGACUUCAGAGCCAGACCCAUAAGCCUGCUUGUCAGAGAAAGGAGGGAGACUAAUGCUGCUCCCAAGACCUUCCGGAAGUGGACCACCCCAGACUUGAUGCUCCAGUGCAGGCUGGGGACGCAUUCCUGCUCCUCCCACUACAACUCAGCAUGCAGCUGCAGCAGAGGGACUGGCUUCUGUGGAGGGGACUUAUCUACAGUUCUGCCCUCAGACCUGCUGCUUCUGGGAAUGCCCUUCACGGGGGACCAUUCUUCCUUGGCGUUGAAGCCCUCCUAGAACUAAUAGUUAUGUCUCCCACUCUUCCUUGAUUAGUAUUCUACUGCCAAUGGGAGCCUUAGGAUUUCUAUUUUUUUUUGGGGGGGGGGUUCUAUUUAUAUACUUAGUUGUCUGAAUUAUUGUCCCCAUGUUGGAAAUAAAACUCCCUGCUUUUGUCUCUC